AAAGAUAUGAUUCCAUGGGACCCACUUCGAUCUAGAUAACCGGAUUGGGUAAGCCUCUCUAAUCCCGUCCCCUAUCUUCUAACUUCUCCAACAAUCUCCCGUUCAGACCACCGUCCUGAGAUUCACGCAAUGGCAUCAUUUCAACACACUCUAACCUACUGGCUCGUCAACCAUCCUUACAUCGCCAGUUUCACGUGGACAAAAGGUGAAACCCUUGGCUCCACCAUCUUCUUCCUCUCCGUCGUAGUCUCCGUUUACCUUUCCGCCACGUUACUUCUCAGAUCCGCCAUCGAUUCGCUCCCUUCACUAGGUCCUCGAAUCCUCAAACCAAUCACAGCCGUCCACAGCCUUAUCCUCUGCCUCCUCUCCUUAAUCAUGGCCGUCGGUUGCACUCUCUCUAUAACCUCAGACCCUACGAAGGCGCGUUUCUUGAACGCGAUUUGUUUUCCUGUGGACACGAAGCCUAGCGGACCGCUCUUCUUUUGGGCUCAAGUCUUCUACCUCUCGAAGAUCCUCGAGUUCGGAGACACACUCCUCAUCAUACUCGGUAAAUCAAUCCAACGGCUGUCUUUCCUCCACGUGUACCACCACGCGACAGUUGUUGUAAUGUGCUACCUCUGGCUUCGAACUCGCCAGUCGAUGUUUCCUGUGGCGCUCGUGACGAAUUCGACGGUCCAUGUCGUCAUGUACGGUUAUUACUUCCUCUGUGCCGUUGGAUCGAGGCCCAAGUGGAAGAGGUUGGUGACGGAUUGUCAGAUUGUGCAGUUUGUUUUCAGCUUCGGGUUAUCCGGUUGGAUGCUUCGAGAGCAUUUGUUCGGGUCGGGUUGCUCCGGGAUUUGGGCGUUGUGUUUCAACGCUGCUUUUAAUGCUUCUCUGUUGGCUCUCUUCUUCAACUUUCAUUCCAAGAACUAUGCCAAAAAGACAAGAGAGGGAGUCAGCAAAAAGCGAUUAGAUUAGUUGUCUUUAAUUAAAGGUUGGAUAUUUUUGGAGUUCUGGUCUUUGUUACUGAUGGUUUGAAAUUGUUUUUCUAUGAAUAAAGAUGAGAAAACGAUAAUUAGUUUUGAAAUGGCUUCAUUGUCUCGUAGAUUGGAAUGGA